UUUGACAGGGUUCCUAUUAUUGGUCUGAUCAUCCUGGAGACUCGAGGCAACAAAAACUAACCAGACCCAUCCAGUCUUACCCAGCCUGGUUGACAAUUGAUUGUUUUAUUUCCUUUUUACCUACUCUUUCUUUCCAGAUCAUAAGGAAGCACUACAGGCAAGAAAAGGCUUCCUUGAAGUCAUACUAUCGCCUCGAUCAUCUCAAUCCGAGUGAUCUCCCAGCUUGAUUGUUGAUUGCGCCAUCAGCUUUAAGCCCCCAAAUAGCUCCAUUCCCGAGCUGUUUCGUUUUCAGCCCCGGCUCACCCUUUUCCGCACCACCUCGAAGCUGCGCCUUCUCUGGUCCCCGUCGGCUUUGGAUACCUUCUUUUCUUUCAUUCUUUGUCACUGCACUCGCCGGGCUUCAUUAUAAUUAUCGCCGCGUGGCUAUCUUGUAUAUAAAUAAACACAAGGACUAAAGGGGUCUUUGCUUUAUUCCUAUAUUUUCGGACGAACUUACGAAUAGCCGAAUCACAGUCCUAGAAUCUUAGGAACAAGAGAUCUUGGCAUAUACGCGCACGUCGUACGUCGCCCGUCACUCACCACCCAUCAUGUGUUUUGGCAGCAGGAAAAAGAGCGAAGAGGGCAAUGCCCGAUCGCGGGAGCUUGAUAAGAUCAUCCGACAAGAUGAGAAGAGAAUGUCGCGGGAGGUCAAGCUGCUUCUUCUAGGUGCCGGAGAGUCGGGCAAGUCAACGGUGCUCAAGCAGAUGAAAUUGAUUUACGCGCAAGGCUUCAGUAAAACGGAAAAGUUGGAAUGGAAACCUGUCGUGUUUAACAACGUCGUUCAAUCAAUGCGCGUUAUAUUCGAUGCCAUGUCAGAUUACUCCAUCGAAUUCGAAAAUAAGGACAACGAGAAAAACCAAGCUCUGCUUCUUGUCGACGCCGAAAUAUCACCACACGACUCUCUUCCUCCAGAUUAUCUCGCACCUGUGAAAGCCCUCUGGGCCGAUGGUGGUGUUCAAAAAGCUAUUCUCAAGGGUAACGAAUACGCCCUUCACGAUAACCUGGGAUACUUCUGCGAAGAUGCCGAUCGCAUAUGGGCGAGCGAUUAUGUUCCCACCGACCAAGAUCUCCUACGAUCCCGGUUAAGAACGACCGGUAUCACCGAGACCAUCUUCGACUUAGGCCAAUUGACGUAUCGGAUGUUCGACGUAGGCGGCCAAAGAUCUGAGCGAAAGAAGUGGAUUCAUUGCUUUGAAAAUGUCAAUUGUCUCCUAUUCCUCGUCGCAAUUAGCGGUUACGAUCAAUGCUUGGUUGAAGAUAAAGACGGUAACCAAAUGAACGAAGCCCUCAUGCUCUGGGAAUCCAUCGCAAACUCGCAUUGGUUCACCAAGUCCGCCCUCAUUCUCUUCCUCAACAAGAUGGAUCUCUUUAGGGAGAAGAUCGCCUCGAGUCCCAUAACGUCGCACGGUUUCGUCGAUUACCAAGGUCCACCGGACGAUUAUAAGCAAGCGAGCAAGUACUUUAUGGACAAGUUUAGGGCCUUGAACCGAAAUCCCGAGAAAGAAAUCUAUGGACAUUUCACGAAUGCUACGGAUACGAACUUGCUCAAAAUUACGAUGGGCUCAGUGCAGGACAUGAUCAUUCAGCGCAAUCUGAAGCAGCUGAUACUGUGAGUCGCCUGCUUCUGCACAUGGUUUUUCCGAAUCCUGCCCUGCGAAACCGAAUCUGGCCAUACCGUAUUUCCCAAUGGGUCUCCAGGUUGGUCAGCGAUUUUGCGGCUUUAUUUUAUACAAUAGGAUAAGCAAGCAGUGCGGCUGAACAUUUCGAAGCA